AUGGCCAUCCCAUCGUGGAGCGGGAAAGCCGAGACGCUGGAGGGCUACGCCAUUGCCGUGGAGCUGCUGACGCUGGGCUCCUCCAGGGAGGUGAGGCCACUGUUGGGACCCAGACUGGUGGCCCCGCUGCCGCAGGGGUCCGCCCAGCAACGCUUCGCUCUCCGACUGCCUCGAGAAGCUGGCUUCGACCUGGACAGAGCCCCGCUGGAACAGAAGUCGAUCGCCACUGUGGACGGCCCCAACAACCUGAUAGAGGCGUUCAGGAGGGAGCUGGGGUCGCAGGUGGUGUCCGACAUCGGCGAGAAGACGGACGCGUAUUUCUAUGCAGGGCCGGGUCGGAGUGCGCUGACUCGGCGACUGGGACAGAGCAUGGCACAGUGGAUCGAGGCAGAGCAGGAGGCGUACGACCAGCUACAGCGGACGUGCAGGCAGCUGGUGCCGGACGUGGGCGGCAUCUUGCCCAGCGCCGUGCGAGGAGCCCUCUUCUGGCGGAACAGCAACCUAGAUUCCUCGGAGAGAGCCGUGGUCCGCAGCACCAUCAAGGGAGAUUGGAAGCUCGAGAACGGAACCGACCACGAGCUGCCGCCGGACGAGUGCGUUCAGGCGGACGAGGAGGACGUCGCGGCGCUGGAGGAGCACGAGGCCCUGGCCGUGCAGGAGGCAGACGCAGCGACCCGCGCCUGGGAGGAGGCCCGGAAGCUACUCAGCGAUGUCUCCAGGGCCCGCGGCUACUACCCAGUCGUGGGCCUGGCCGCGCUGCCACCGACCUGGAAAGGUGCAGGCAAGGGCGCGCGGGGGGGGCCCAAGGGCCGAGGCCGAGGUGACAAGGGCGCGCCGUCUCCCCCGAGAGCCCCGGCAGGCCAGGCUCGCGAUCGACCGGGGCGACUCCAGCAGGGCCGAGGCGCCGGCGUGAAGUGCCUCGCCUGCCGGCAGCUGGGGCGCACAGCCGUGGACUGUCCCUCCAAGUACCAGACGGGAGGCAGAGGCAACGGGAACAUGAACAUCGGCUACGAGGAGGCGGACGACGAGACUGUGGACGGGGCCACCGUCUCCUGCGUAUCUUACUGGGAGAGUGCAGACGAGUGGGUCCUGGCCAUCUCCCUGAACAUCGCGCUGGGCCUCAGCUUCUUCGCUGAGGCUGACCUCCGUGGCUACGCGAUCGUGGGCAGUGGAGCUACCAAGUCCACGAGCGGGCUGGUCCUCUUCGAGUUCGCUCGGGAGCAGAUCUACGGCGCGCACGGCCAGGGCCUGACGGACAUGAACGCCAAGGAGCGGGCACGCUUCACCUACGCCAACAACACGACGGGCAUGAGCGUCGGGGGAGGGGGCAUCCCGCACUCGCUGGGGCUACGAGAUCAAGGGGGUGAGCUCUGGUUCUCGCUCGUGCCCUCCGAGAGCCCGAUGCUGCUGGGCCCGGGGACGGGGAAGGGGGCGAAAGUGACGCACGACGGCUGCCUGGAGUAUUUGGGCGGCCACCGUGAGAGGCUCGAGCCCCUGCGCUCGGGGCAAAGCAACCCGGAAUGGGAGAAGCUGGGCGAGCACCCGCCCGCAGAGGAGGAGUACGACCUAUCGCUCGAAGAGCUACACUACGACGCGCUGGAGCAGGCCAGCGACCUCCCGGCGGACGCGGACCCCCAGGCGAACCCCGAGCAGGUGGCCCACGUCUGCAUGGAGAUGGCCCGGUCUACGGCGCACGAGGAGGCGGCGCUCUGGUCGUGGCUCGGCAGCCUCGAUCGCAUGGUGGCCCUCGCUCAGGACAGGAAGAAGUGGAGAUCUCGUGGCCGCGUCCUCAACUGCAGCAGGAACGGUCUCCCGAAGUCCGUGGACGGAGGGCGGCGCAUGGGCCUCUGGAACAUGCACGACUUCCAGUGCGCCGGCGCGGUGGCGAAGGCCGAGGCAUUCGUCGAGGCCAGGAGACCUCGGCGAGCCCACGUCUCUCCGCCAUGCACGCCGUUCUCCGCCCAGGCCCUGGACCAGGAGAGCGACCAGCAGGUCACGAGCCCGAAGAAGAAGAUUGCCUCGGGAACCAAACUCAUGGACAACGUGAUCGAGGUCGGCCUGCACGCGCUGCGCAAGGUCUGCGAGCUCAGUCUCGAGCAGCCCGCGAACGCCACCAGCUGGUGGACCGCCCAGUCACUGAUGAACCUCCGGAAGCAGCUGUGCGAGGCCACCGCGGCAGAAUGCGCCUGGGGAGCGCGGGACAGCGAGACGGGCCAGGCCGCGCGCGCGAACUGGAGGCCCCCGGUUCCCAACCAGCGGCCCGCAGGGGUCCACGAACGGAAGUGCCCUCGAGAACGCGCGCGCCGCCAGCUGGAAGGGCCGAAGCGGGUAGCAGACACGGCCAAGUACCCUGAGGCCUUGUGCCGAGCUCUCAGCCGGGAGGUGCUGGCCCGCGCCCUGGUGUCUGGGACCACCGCUGGCGCGAGCGAGAUCGA